AGUUUUAUUUUCAUCUCCGAACCACUUCACCUACUGCAAAAUGACAUCCCACGGACCACACUCCGUUGAAGAACUCAAGUAUGUGCCAGCCGAGUACCAUGACCACGUUGUUACCUCGACUAUCCAUCAAUCUGAAAUGCAUUCUGGGUAUCACCGAGAUGUCUACGUGACUUUCAACUUAUCCACCUGCAAUAAGAUCAUCAGAAUGGAUUUGCACCAGGACGAGGCAUUCGAUCAGCUUCACAGAAAAGCACGUGAAAUGAUUUCUGCCUCUCAGUUCAAAAUGUUUGAUGGCAGCCACGCUCACGCAACUCCAGAGAUCACUAACUCGUCUCAAGUGAUGUCUCUUGUCAAGAUCAGCCCAAUCUACCGAUUCCCAUACCUCAUCAUCAAUCUCGAGCCAUGCCACUCUCACAUUCAUCCCACUCAUCCAAUUGUCCGUUGUGACUCUUGCUACACUACAAUUACUGGACACCGCUUCAAAUGCACCAUUUGUACGGAUUACGACAUCUGUUCGAGCUGUGAAGCAAGAAAUGCUCACGCGCAACACACUAUGCUCCGUAUCGCCGCCUAA